CCCCGACCCAACCCAACCCAACCCGGAGGGAAGUCGCGACCCCUGACCAAGCCGCGCAGAAAACUCCGGCAACUUCAAAGGCGCCGCUUCCCUCGGCUGCCAAAUUGGGGAAGGGUCGCUUUCCUUUUUUUUUUCUCUCUUGCUAACCGGGCGGGAGUAAGGGGACGCAUCUGCGGGGCUGCUGCUGCUGCUGCGACCCCCGGCCCGGAGUCUGCCUGCUUCUCUUUCUCUCACCCACCGACCCACCCACUCGCGAUCUUCCGAGGAGUGGGCAGGAAAGAGGGUCUGCGGCGCCCCCCGCCAGGCUGAUCGUCCCGACAAGAUGAAACUGAUCCGGCGCUUCGUCCUGGCGCUGCAGCUGCUGGCCGCCAAGCUUCUGGCACAUCAAGGCUGCGAAAACGGGGAGGUGGCUUCAUCGGGAGAGUGCUGCACCCUGUGUCCCCCAGGCUUCGGGGCACGGGUGCCCUGUGGGAGCACCAACACUGUUUGUGAGCCCUGCCAAGAAAGUGUGACGUUCUCCUCCACCGCGAGUGCCACGGACCCAUGCCAGCCAUGUUCCAUAUGCCCGAGACAGCUUCCCAUCCGUGAUUCCUGCACCGCGACUCGUGAUACGCUUUGCGCCGCCACCAGCUGUCCACGUGGACAUUACCUCGCGCCGGGAAACGGGACGCAGCCUCGAGGGUCCUGCGUUCCUUGCCGAGUGUGCGAGGAAGGCUACGGGGCGAUCCAAGAGUGCAAGCCUGGCAGUGACACAACGUGCCAAAAAUGCCCCGAGGGUUACUACUCGGAGGUGAAGAGCCCGUACGAGCCGUGUCUGCUUUGCCAACGAGAAUGCGGACCGAAGGAAGUUAUGAUCCAGUCGUGCACCCCGUUAUCGGACACCCUCUGCAUGGAUAAAGAGCUGCAGAUCCUGAAGCGGCCUGAAGGGCACCCCCAGAAGGACAAUCCGAGAAGGAUGGCGCCCCUAGAGGCGGAAGGCAGCGAUCCACAACUCGUCCUCGAGUUUGUGCCUUCGCUGGUGGACGACCAUCCCAACAACAUCAUCCCUGUCUACUGCUCCAUCUUGGCCGCGGUGGUGGUCGGACUCCUCGCCUACGUGGGGUUCAAAUGCUGGACAACCUGCAAGCAGAAGCACCAGCUCGCCAAAGCCCGGAUGGGGGAGUUGGCAUCGUCCCCCGAAGGCGAGAAACUUCACGGAGACAGCGGAGUCUUCCUCGACACUCACAGCCUGCAGGAGCAGCACCCGUUGAAUAAGGCAGGACCCAGAGCCGACCCCCGCCUCUACAGCAACCUCGCCCACCCCCUGCAGGAGGAAGUAGAGCAGAUGCUGGAAGCGCCCACCCCCUCUGGCAAAGACUGGCGCAGUCUGGCCCAGCACUUGGGCUACCCGGACGAAACCAUCGAGACCAUCGGCUGGGGGGAGGCCCCCGCCCACACACUGCUCUCCGAUUGGUCGGCGCAGGAGGGGGCCACGCUGGAGGCCCUGUGCCAGGCCCUGACCGCCAUCGAGAGGGGGGACGUGGUGGACCGUCUGAACGCGCCCCUGGAGGUCAGCUCGGUGGUGUGAACGCUCCCCACCACCCUCCGUUGCCGCUGGAACAUCCAACCCUUAAUUCUUGUCGUUCUGGAGUUUUUUUUGCUUAAAAAUAAUUUUAAAAAAUAAGAUUUUUAACAAGCAGGGCAGUGGAUGAGGGAUAGGACUUUGCUUUUGGGUGGGGGGAGGUGGA